AUGGCGGUUUCGGUCAGUCUGGACUUGCGAGACAUUCGGAAGACACAGAAUAGAGUGAAAUGUCUAAUAAAAGUAAAUGAAGUUAAAGAUGUCCAGCAGUAUCCGAUACGGCGCCGGCCUCUCCCUCCUGGCUUCUGCUAUGUUUGCAGUCGACUUGACCCCAAUGCACGCCACAAAAUUCCCAACGGAUACCUGUUCGCGAAAGGUUUUUUCUCUUACUGUGAACACAUGCAACCACCUCGACCACCGUAUCCAACGUUUAUUGAGGAUGAUAAGGAUAUCGAUAUUCCUGUACUUCCUCCGGAACAUCUCGUAAACAAAGCUCCCGGACAGCCACAUGCUAAUCCAAACGUCAAUUUAAGUGUUAGUGUGACCAUAAAAAACAAAAAUUCCCCGUCACCAGAACAAAAAUAUAGCAAAAAGUAUUUUGAUACUGCCGUCCUUAACGGUGUAGAGGACUAUGAUUAUGACUAUAAUGAUGACAGAUACAGACUUCCGCCUGUGUUUGAUAAGGACACUCCGGAAAAUGGAAAACACAUUUUACAUGCGGGUGAUAAAACAUUUGCAGAGGCCGGAUCACAGAGGGAGGAGGAGUACACAUAUCUAUCGGACGACGAUUUCAAAGUUCCUUAUUUACCAUCUCUUUCUAGCAGCAAAAACAUUACAUCGAUUCACGAUGACCCAACAUCAAAGUCGCCCUCACGUUCAACGAAAAUGCGACAUGUUGUGAAGAAAAAGCAGAGGGUCAAGAGAGAUGUCGACAAGACCGCGAAAUUUCAAACCGGUGAAAUGUUACGACAUCAUGACGAUAGCGAAGAUGAAGAAGGUGUACUGAAAUACAACCACAGAGACGAAAACUCGUCUCUUCCGAAUGAAGGAUUGGAAAUGGCGCCUUCUCGUGAUAAUUCAAAAUUAAACUCAGGGGAACCUGAAACAUCCUUUGGUAUACCGGAAGUGCCAACCGAUGGACCGGAAGUGACGUUUGGUGACAGGAGGAGAUCGCAUCAAGAGAAUCCGCCAUCGAUGACCAUUCAGAAAAUCGGAUCACCGGAACUAUGGUGUGAGUGCACAGAUAUUGACCUUAGCACACUCAAGUGUGACGAAUGUGGGAUCAUAGGCGGACACGGGAAUUGGUGCACGUUCGCGCGUUCUGCAUCUCGUCACGGUAAAUGUCCAAGAUGUGGUAAGAACGUUCGCAAAACGAAGACACUUAAUACACAAGAUGUUAAGGCAGACACCAAACGUAAACUUAGUUUUACCCGUAGAAUGUCGAAAGUGACGAUGAGGUCAGAUGAUUCUGACAUGUCACGUAAACGUCCUCUCAGUGACACACCGCUCGCGUCAGUGAAGGCCACGGGACUACACGUGCGUUUUGAGGACGAUAAGGAUAGCAUACACGCGGAAAAACAUGUAGAGGGUUUGAGAAGUAAGACCGUUACUGACGAGGACUACAAGAAGUAUGAUAAGGCAUACCAAGACUUUGUCUACAAUCGCGAGGGCUGGACAGAACAAUCUGAUUAUUCUGACGAUGAGGAUUUCGAGGAAUAUCCGCCAAGAGUGCAUCCACGUGUCGACCCAAACAUACACCGGGACGCUUACUACCGCGCCAUAGCGGCUAGGAGUCUGGAAAAGUUAAAAAAAAUGAACGAAGUGGAUGAAAAAUUCGCUGCCGAUAGAAUAAGUAAACCUCAUGUGUUUUCGUAUUUCAAACUUCGACCACAUCAGAAGAAUUCUUUACCGGGCGGUCCCGAUAACAUAGGCAUUCUUCCGUCCGAGUCCGCCAAUGUUCGGCCUCGUAAAGCUAUGCAACACAUAUUCGGUAAGAUCAAAGUAGACGACUUCUAUCCUGGAGGAAAGAGAAAUAAGUCACAAGUAUCAGUGUCCUACUCUAAAGAGAAACAUAAGCAAACGAUGCCAAUUAACAAAUGGACUAGAGGUGGUAUAAAUGGAUGA